AUGGUCAAGCAUAACCCCAAGUCUGCAAAGGUUAACUUGAUAAACACAGCUCAGGCAGAGGACUCCACGCCAAGUGUCCCAGCUGGCCUCCCACCGCCGCGGCCCGCCGCAGCCCGUGGUCGGCCCUCCCGCCGCCUGUGGUCGGCCCUCCCGCAGCCCGACCGGGCCCCGAAGCCCAUCGCCUCUCCUCCGCCCGCGCGCCUCCCAUCUCCUCCCACGCCGGCGAAGAACCCCGCCGCCACCGCGCCGACCACCGCCGCCAUCCGCUCCUCGCCGCACCGACGCGAGCUGCCCCGCCUCCGACCUCCUCUGGCUGCCUACGACCUCACCGGCGCCGCCCCGCACCUCCUCCGGCCGGCCACCGCGUCCCCGCAACUCCGUCCCGGCGGGCCGAAGGCGCUGCAGGUGCGCGAGGUCGAGGACCUCCCGGCGGCGGGGGAGGGUGAGGUGCUUGUCGGGGUGGCCGCCACCGGCGUCAAUCACGACGACACGGUCCAGCGGCGGGGCCGGUACCCGUCGCCGGCCGGUGCCUCGCCCUACCCGGAGCUCGAGUGCUCUGACACCAAUGUCACGCUCAGGGCCAAUGACUCCCCACACUGGGCCGUCGGUACGCAGGUGUGCGCGCCGCUUACCGGCGGCGGGUAUGCGGUGAAGGUGGUGGUUUCGGCGGGGCAGGUGCUCCCGGGGAUGGAGGGGGUGUCACUGACUGACGCCGCCAGCUUGCCUGAGGUGGCCUGCACCGUCUGGUCCACCGUCUUCAUUACAAAUCACCACUCCCCCGGUGAAUCCUUCCUUAUGCAUGGUGGAUCAAGUGGAAUCAGUACAUUCGCUGUACAGAUUGCAAAGCACCUUGGUGUUAAGUUUUUUGUCACUAUAGGGAUGUAA